ACUCGACUCCGCACUUUAUUCCACUGCACACGCGCGUAGCAAGCCACGCUGUCAAUAUCUCUUUCACCAUGACUGCGGGCUACGUCCCGCUGGCAACCUCGCCUCCGGGCGCAGUAUCUGCAUUAGCAGAUGACCGACAUGCUCCCGAAGUGGACGAGGCUGCUGUGGUCGUGGCGGGCGAGGACAGCGUCACGCCCUUCGUGUGGUGGCUCGUCAGCGCUGCAGCCAUCUCCGGACUUCUAUUUGGCUACGAUACCGGGGUCAUCAGCGGGACGCUCGUUGUGAUCGGGACCGACCUCGGCGCCAAGCUAACAAUUAUCCAGAAGGAGGCAAUCACGAGCGCGACGACGCUGGGUGCACUCCUUGGUGGCUUGGGCGCCGGCGCGCUUUCGGACGCGCGCGGGCGCAAAGACAUCCUCUUCCUCGCCAACAUCGUCUUCAUCGCCGGCGCGCUCCUGCAGGCCGCCGCGCACUCCGUCUCCAUCAUGGUGGCCGGGAGGUUCGUCGUCGGCCUCGGAGUGGGCCUUGCAUCCUGCAUCGCCCCGCUGUACAUUGGCGAGCUGGCGCCGACACGCAUGCGCGGCCGCCUCGUCACGGUCAAUGCGGUCGUGUGCACAUUCGGACAGGUCGUGGCGUACUCGAUUGGUGCUCUAUUCGCGCGCUCGCCCGCCGGAUGGCGGUGGAUGGUCGGCCUCGGCGCGCUGCCGGCUGCUGUGCAGCUUGUGGCUCUUGGCUUCCUCCCUGAGUCGCCCCGCAUCCUACUCCUCCGCGGCGAUACGCGCGCCGUCGAGCGCAUCCUUUCGCGUGUAUAUCCCCUCGCGACGAAGGACGACGUGGUCCGCAAAGUCGAGAUCAUGACGCGCGCCGUUGCGCAGAGCGUCCAAGUCGAGCGGACGACGACAGUGCGCGAGCGGGCGGCAAGCUUGUUCCACGUCGGCGCGUACCGGAGGGCAUUGACGAUCGGGUGUGGGCUGCAGGCAUUGCAGCAAGCAUGCGGCUUCAACACUUUGAUGUACUACUCGGCGUCCAUCUUCGCUGCAAUGGGUUUUAAGAACGCGACAGCGACAGGGCUGAUUAUCGCCGGUGUCAACUGCGCUUUUACACUCCUUGCUCUCAAGAUCAUCGACCCCAUCGGCCGCCGUCCAAUCAUGCUUUAUACGGUGCCGCUCAUGGCCUUCGCGCUGCUCGCCACGUCCUUCUUCUUCGGCCAGCUGACGCACGACACGGGCGGCAUCCUCGUCCCCGGAACAGAGUACCCGCGCGCCCAGGCCCUCUUGGUGCUGGUGAGCAUGAUGCUCUUCGUUGCUGCAUACGCGACCGGCAGCGGUAACAUCCCAUGGCAGCAGGGCGAGCUCUUCCCCCUCGAGGUCCGCGGGCUUGGCACGAGCCUGUGCACCGCCACGAACUGGUCCGCCAACUUGCUGGUGGCCGCGACGUUCCUUUCGCUCAUGGAAGCGGCGACUCCCGCCGGCGCGUUUGCGCUGUACGCACUCGUGUGUGUGGCCGGGUGGGUAUUCGUGUGGUGCUGCUAUCCCGAGACCUCCGGGUUGAGUCUCGAGGAGGUGUCCGAGGUGUUCGCAGACGACUUUGGAAUACGGAAGAGCGAGGCAAUGCGGCGGGCCAAGCGAGGGGGUGUGGUAUGAUUGUCGAAGUGGUGUUAUGUCCCACUAUGUCAUGGGUGCGGCCUACAUCGCCAAAUUUUGGGAGUGGGGCAGUCCGCGAUGGUCGAUCC